CCACCUCUUCACAUACCCUUCCUCAUCUCCCAACCCCACACCCCUUCUCUCUUCAUCAUCGCCCUCUCCGCCCCCUCCCUCGCCCUCUUCCGCUGCCUCCGCCACUCUAUGCCGCCGCCUCUCUCCUCUUCAGCUGGCGCUCCCCCUGGCCAGACUUUGCAGUGUGAGCUACGUGCGCCGACUCCGUCGCUGCACUGUCAGCGCGCGACACCAGGCAGCCGUUCUCCUCCUUCCUCAAGCUGCUCACUGAGGUGCUUUUCACGGAGUAGGAGCUGAGCUUGCAGGCCGCCUCUACGCUCUGCAUCACCACCGCGAUCGCCACGGCUCUGGAUCCGAACAUGCCCAGGCUCUAGAUCCUAACCCAUGUCGCCGCCAUACCGAAGCUCUAAGGCGGAGCCACCCCCGCUGCCUCCGCCAGUGAUGCCGCAGCUAGAGAUCGUCGGGAAUCCAUUCGUGUACCAACUCCACCUGCGCCGGCCAUGGCUCUGACCUCUACCGAGACGACUCCGCCGCGCUUGUCCUCAAAUUCGUCGCCUUCGCCUCCAUCCUCCUCCCCGGCAUGGCCGGAAUCUCCAUCCUUCUCGUCGGACGCCACCGCCGCUUCCUCCGCAUCGACGGCAACCUCUUCGUCGCCGCCAAAUCCUCAAUAUAAAGAACUCCAUUAAGCCCUUCGAUGCCUGCUGCCUCUGCCUCAAAUCCUUAAUCGACCCUAUGAGCUGUCACAAGGGCCAUCUCUUUUGCAAAGAGUGCAUUCUCCAGUGCCUCUUGUCUUAGAAGAAAGACAUUCAAAGAUUAUUGCCAUGUUGAAGGAGAAACUUGGAGUGAAAUCAGAUAAAGAUCUGCCAAUGGUGGAUUACAGAAUACUCAAGUGGGUCACCCAAGAUGAAGAUGAGCUUAAAGAAACCACCAAGGGUCGAGUCCAAGCAGUAAUUCUUGACAUGACAAACUUGAUGAAUGUUGAUACUUCCGGAAUUCUAGCUCUUGAGGAACUGCACAAGAGGUUGCUUUCACGUGGUGUAGAAGAAAGACUUGAUAAUGAAGAUCAGCCUUAUGAUGAUGAAGAGACUGAAUGAUGUUACUUACAUGGAUGGAUGACUAGCCUUAUAAUUUGUUUUAUUAUUUUUUGAGGGUGAAAUCAAUUCUUUAUUGAGCACAUGAGAAAUGUCUUCUUGAAGAAGACGAUGUACAAGAGGAUUAUCAAUCCAAAAUAAUGUAUAGUUCUUCUUAUUAAUAUGAGUUGU